UCACAGCUCACAUUGAAUUAUCGGGCAGCGGCCACAACAGUUUACGUUCAACACUCAGGCGGUGGAGACAUCGAAUGCUGCGUUGGGUUGUGCGCUAUCGUUGAAGUGACCCAGCUUGCCGCCGGAAUCCCGAAGCUCCCCGAAACGUGGGUGCUUUUGGUGUGUCGUUUUUCCAACAUCUUCUCUUACUAGGUGCCCUGGUCACCCUUCCACACCUUACUACGGUGAACCCGAAUCGUAGUAGCGCGGAAAGCGGUUUUCCAUUUUUUAGUUGUUUCCCCCUACCAGUGACUGUGAAUUGAUUUAUUUUAUUUGUGAGUGAAGUUUUGAAAAAAACAAGAAGCAAAAAGGAAUGUUGAAUGAAACGGUUCAAGUUAACACAAACGCAUGUCGAAAAGUGCUUGGUUUGGAAUAACAGCAACAUAGCGUGUGAAAAUUUCGAUCUGGCUGAUGUCGUGAUCGUUUAGCCAAGCAGAAAAUUGACCCGGUCCGGCCAAUAGAAGCGAGAAUAGUAGCUACCUCAAUAGACGGUGGAUAUCGCGAAUGUUUGGGUAUUUCAAGAAGCGUUAUUCCAUCAAAGAGUCGCUGAAACCGCAUGCCGCAAAGUCGCAAAGCGACGAACGUUUACGGAAUACAUAAAAAGAUAUUGGCUCGAGUUUUAUCGACGUUUGAAAAAUCCAAGCAGAAAGUUCAUGGACAUUCUGCAAUAAGCUGUUAACCAACGGAGCUGCAAGAAGUGCCAGUAAAAUAUGUAAACAUUCCAGUGUCACGCAGCAAGCUAAACAAGUAAACAAGUUAGAUACAUCGGCAUAAUCCGAACAUAUUCGUCGAACCUGUUCGAAGCUAUACACAAACGGGGAGGUUGAAUCACUCCCUUUCCGUAACUGACGAACCCGUCAAACUAGGAAAUAUUGGUGUAAUAUUUAAACGGUUAUCACAAAAACGAAAUUUUCGGAUGAAAAUGCCUGCCUACACCGGGUUCGAUAGUUAUGCGUCAUCGCGACGGACCGCUGAAUCCAUUUACUACUCGGCUAAGGAAUUUGAUUCCGCGGACGAUUCCGACUGCAUGCGGCUGCCGCCACCACACUUUGCAAGGCGACCGAGCCUACUCGAUCCGAUGGGACCGUCGGAUGCGAUCUUCAGUCGGCGUUAUGUCGACCCCUGGGACAUGGAGAAUUACGUCUAUAUUAGAAAACAAGUGCUCGAUCCAUCUCUAGAGUCGGAGGUGGCUCCAUCACCGGCCGGUGUACCGAUCCAGUCCAAGUUCUACUACGUGCCGGGAGAUUUGGAGAGCUGCCGGGAGUGCAGUGCCGAAAUUGUGAUGCCCAUCAAGGCAGACAUCAUGGGUGGUGACGAUUUGGUUGAUGUAGAUGAUGAGGAAGAGGAGGAGGAGAACGAUGAGGAGGAUAGAGCCGAUGACGAUAUCGAAGAUGACGAUCUGGAAGCCGACGAACUGGACGAAGACGACGAUGGCUUCUACACGGAGCGGUACGACACGGUGAUGGAGGAGGACAGCAUCGGAGGCGAUGACCGCGUUUAUAGCUCUUAUACCGAUCUGGAAACAUCCUCAACCGAACAGCCGAGCUCAUGCGACAGUCCCAUGUCCGCACUGCGACUGCACACUCCUGGUUUCGGCAAGAGCGCCAGCAACCGGCGCCCGAUCGUUCUACCCAAACCAUUACCACAGCUCGAAUUCCCAGGCCCUCCAUCGUACGACUACUAUGAACCGAGCUGCUGCUAUAUGCCGCUACCACCGCCCAUUCCGUCCCAUCAUAUGCCCCUGCUGGAAGCGUCGACCGUUCCGCCGAGCAUCAGUGGCGGUGGAAAUUACUACACGCUGAAUGAUUGCUUCGAGUGUGCCCGCCAGGAAGUGGAACAUGUGCCACUGUACGCCCCCAGUCGUCAAAGUCCGAUGCGCAGGCGCUCCCGGAGCAUGAGCGUGGUCAGCAUGAGCAUGGCCCGACGUCCCAGUCAGGUUAGCAUGGCUCCAACUCUAGUGGUAGCACCACCCGUACCGGUUGAUUCUUCCACAGCAGUUUCGAUAGCGGCUACCAAUGCUAACGUUUGUUACACUCCGCAACAUUUCAGUCUUAGCAAGAAGGGCCUGCUGCAAAUCGACUACUCGUGUAACUGGGACAACCUGGAUCGGUACAUUGCUAAGUGAAGCAGUACUGCUCUAUUCGGUUAACUCUAUGAACCAUGCUCAAUUUAUUUAGUAAUAAAAUAAACCUGAGACAGGUAUCGGCACUCACACGAUCAUCUAGAAAUAGAAGUGUUUAUUUAAGUCCAUUAUUAUUUUAUUAGAGAAUAAAAUUUGUAAAUAUAAACGCAUUAGAUAUGAUUGAAAUAAAGUUGAAAAUCGUUGA